AUGGCCGUAACAGUCUCUACUCUCCUGCGCUCAUCAAGCACGGGUCCAAUCACACUUUCACAAUUCACCGAUGUCCUGCAGCGAACAUGGACCGAGUCGCGUCGAUUUCGGCCGGGGAUGGCGGCGGUGUUGCCAAGGAGAUUAGGCCUAGCUGUAAGCGGCGGGGCUGACUCAAUGGCAUUGGCGUAUCUAUGCCGGGAGUGGGAGAAACAACAACAGCGCAACAACCCCAGUGGAAACCCAGCCCCCAGAACAAAUGGUGAUGACGUGAGCGUAACAGCUUUCAUAGUCGACCACAAAGCACGUCCCGAAUCCACGACGGAGGCCCAAACCGUCUCCGCCUGGCUCCAGGCCUUGGGUCUAAAGACCUCCAUCCUCCCACUAACCUGGCCGUCGAGCAGUCUCACAAGCUCGGCCUUUGAGACACAUGCUCGAAGACUCCGGUACCGCGCUCUAGGCGAGGCGUGUCGAGAACACGGGAUUGAGGCGUUACUCAUGGGCCACCACCAGGACGACAAUGUCGAAACGAUGAUUUGGCGCCUGGCCUCAGUUGCGAAGGGGGCGGCGGGGCUAACGGGGAUCCCGGGGCUUGCGAGGAUUCCCGAGUGUCAUGGUCUUUGGGGGGUUUCGGAGAGUGGGAAGGGUGUUUCUGUUUCACCGGGGGACUUUGUUCCUGAUCUUGCACCUGGGCAGGGACGGGAACAGAACCGGCACCAGCACCAGCAGGAAGGGACCAGGAUCCAAGUAGCGACUGGCGGCAUCCACAUCGCACGCCCACUCCUCUCGUUCCGCAAAUCUAGCCUUGUGGCUACAUGUGUUGAGAACAGUGUUCCCUUUGUCGAUGAUCCGACGAAUUUCGAUCCGACAUUGACGGCCCGGAAUGCGAUUCGGUCGAUGCUCUCAAAGGGGUCUUUACCCCGUGCUCUGACGCAUCCGUCUAUCCUGAGUCUUGUUGAGAGGGCACAGGGGAGGGUGAGGGAGUCGUAUCGGCUUUCGGAUGAGACUCUGGCAAAGUCCUGUAGAUUGCUUGAUCUUAAGUUUAGGGCUGGAACGAUGACGGUGCAGUUUUUGUCUUCGCCUUCAGCUUCGGAACAUUCUUCAGAAGCCCAGAAACAGGCGCAGGAGAUUUCGUCUCAACCUCGACCGCAAAUCCAGGCUCUGACACUUCGCCGCAUCACAGAGCUCAUAUCCCCAUUUCCAGAGAACCACUGGCCAUUAUCGAGCUUCGCGGACUUUACGGAUCGUGUCUUUCCCUCCGCUCCUCCUUCUUCACCAUCUACUCUGGGGUCAGAAUCACAUUUGACACCUAAUUCAGGAUCAGAUGCGAGACGGAAGGCAUUCACCGUCGGCGGAGUCCUAUUCCAACCACGUCCUUCCUCGCCGAAGUCAAAGUCAAAGACGACGGCCAAUACUACUCUGACGGACAACGACACCAAUAAGUGGCUUCUAGCCCGGCAACCCUACUUCCGCAACCGAGCUCCCACCUUACGUCUGGACGUCCCAUUCCCAAAACCAACCGAUACCAAUAAAAACCUAAUAUAUACCCCCUGGACUCUAUGGGACAACCGCUUCUGGAUCCGAGCUGCGGCAAGCCCGAUUCCGGACCCUAACCCUCAGCUCACUUCAACUCCAACCCCGAACCAUGGCCAGCAAACCGAGAUCCCGAUUAUUAUCCGCCCGCUCCAGCAGUCUGAUCUCUCACUUGUUCGACGAAUGGACGCUGUGCAGAAGCGAGCGGGGAAAGAACGUAUUUUACGUCAAGAUGAGAUAUCUGUUCCGCGAAUAUCUGAGGAUAAGCGGGACAACGCAGAACUCGAUGCACGUGCAUUUUUCGCGAAAUUAAGCUCAGAAGCACCUGGCCAGGCGCGGUUUACACUUCCUGUCCUUGCUCUCGAUGAUGGAGAGGGAAGGGGGUGUAGACCGCUGGCAUUGCCCACAGUAGAUUUACUGUUUCCGGGGUUUCCGGAUCCAAGGCCCAACUCGAACCUGUGGACGAUACGCUGGGAAUGGAAGUAUAAAAUGGUUGAUUUGGACUCGUUAAGAUUAAUGGGUUUGGUAUAA